UCUACCGUAUCGGCUCCAGCGUGUUUAGCUGCACCUUGACAUCGCUAUUUUUAGCUCGUCAUCGACCCUAGCACCACAAUCCUUCGCGCACCGCGGCUACCCCUCCUUUGUGUACCCUUAAUCGUCCCUACCCACCCGUUUAAAAGUUAGCGCCAUAGCAAUUUUUCUUUAUUGCUGCAGUGCCUUCCUUGCAGAGCAGGUCUCUCUGAAAUAUUUUUUCCGCUUUGCCUUUUUGCACUGGAUACUCGAGCUUAGACGAGAGAACCGGGUAUUACCUUUUGCUCAGCAGAACUGAAGACUUAUCGCCCCCUGCGUGGCAGUCCAGGACUUGCAAGCUCCUACAGCAACGACUUCGAAGAAGUCAUCUGUUAUCUCCCAGCUCACUUAUGCCUUUCUUUAGAAAGAAUUUGGAAAGAGUCCAAACAGAGAACAACAUGGUUGCCCACCAGCCUGUCUCAUGGCAUGUGUAGACUUCGACACUCUCCUGCAGAUCUUGCCAGAAGAAGUCACCGUCAGCAUGCCUAUGAUGGAGGAGAAGGGGCGACCCGGGAACACACCUGUCGUCAGACACCUGACUAAAGCCAACUCGUUCGGAGGUGCGAUGACUGACCACAAUGGCUCCGGCCGCCCUGACCUGACAGUCAAACUCAUCCUCCUUGGCGACUUCAGUGUGGGCAAGUCUUCGUUGCUGCGCAUAUUGGCACGGCAGAACCACUUCCGCGACUCCAUCAGUGUCUCCGACAACAACGACAACACCGUCCACAGGAGUUCUUCCAUGAGCUCCCUAGGUUUUGGCAGUCUUAGUCGGUCGGAAUCGCCAAGCAGCCCUCGGGCUUUGGUGUGCUCCGCUUUGAAACCCGGGGGGUUCGUCGACGUGUGGUUCACGCACCAGGGGAAGACUGUUUUGGCCAGAAUUGCCGACACUGGAGGGCAAGAGAGGUACCGCAGUAUGACAUCAUCGUACUACCGAGGGGCUCACGGGUGCUUGAUUAUGUUUGAUGUGACUAAAGAAAGUUCUUUCGAAAAUCUUGACUCAUGGAUCGAAAACAUGGACUACUACAGACCAAGCGACAAGUUCUCUUGCAUCAUCGUGGGCACCCGCUGCAACUCUCCGGCGCGGAAGGUUGCAUACGAGCGCGCGGCGGGAUAUGCCGAGAUGCGAGGAUUUCCUUAUAUGGAGUUAGACCUGGCGCACAUGAGUGACGUGCAGAGAGUAUUUGAUGCUUUGCUGGACAGUGUGAAGGUGACCCUACAUCAUGAUCCACCUCUGUUGAUCGACAUUCGACCUGAUAUCUCCACCAAUGACUUACGUGUAUCGAGAAGUGUCGUCUGUGCUUGCUGAAAGACAGACCUCUCUGUCAGAAGUAUCUCCACGUGGAGCAAGAAAUUGCCUGCUGUCCAAAAGAUGAACCUCAUAUAUAUAUAUACUUUUCAAGCAGUUUAAUUCCUUGUGCUGAAAACGAUUCUUCUCUUUAAAAUACUUUUAAAGAAACAUGAAAGUUUCUUUAAACUAAACUAAGCGCCAAAAAGACAAAGAUAAGUAUGAAGUCGGUCAAACCGUGCUCAGGUAUGCUGACUGCUGAAGGGUAGACACCGGACAAGAACUUCUCAUAACAUUUAUUAUCUCAAGAGGAAGAAGAGACUUGACCCUUCCAUCGCUUACUGACAGGCAGUGAACUGUGACCUCAGAGAGCGUGACGUAGCCUUCACAAGCUGCAGCAGGACCACCCUGACAUGAUGCUGUUGACAACCAUGACAAUCAGCCGUUGGAAAAGGUCAAAGGUGUCGACUUACUGUGCCUUGUGUUACAAACUUUGUAGGAGAGAAGGCUUAAUGAUGAAAAUUUAAGGAUGUGCCAAAUUCUGUGGCUUUACGAGAGUACGGUUUUCCAAAAUGAGUAGAAAUAACUUUCGUGCGCUUUAACCACAAUGUACCUGAUGGUAUAGUCACUGACAAUGUGCAUUUUCUUAGAAAAUCGUGAAGGGAAUGUAAUUAAGAAACUCUAUGUAAAUAUAAUGAGCUUGACAUGUACAGUAUGUAACACGUGCAAGCACAAAAAACAUUUUGACCACUCUGUUAACACAGCCACAAGAAUGACAACUACGGAACCAGUGAGGAAGAGGUGGAAAGGAAGAGAGAGAGAGUAGAAACGAAUGGAAAAGGGAGAUAAGAAAAUGAGUGUGGCGGAUGGACAAAAGAAAAAAAAAAGAAAAAAGAUGAUAGGGAAGGGAGUAACAUGAAAAAAAGUUUAUGGUUAGGUUGAUGUUUCAGUUGUCUUCCCCUGCACACCUAUAGAUACUUGUCUCGACCCUGACGCAGUUCCACAAAGCUUCUCAUCUGUUUGGUUAUCAGUUUCAUCUCGUCAGUAAACACCAGCUGACGACAUGAACAUGUAAUUUAUUCCCUCACUCUCUCUCUCCACCACCCCACAAGCCACGAACACCACCCCGAUCUCAGUCACUUCACACCCUGUGAUACUUAGAUCUGUUUGAGUUUAUUACAGCUUGAGGAACUUGGGUGUGCCGACAUGUACAGUGGCACCUAGGCUUGCUCAUUGCAUAUAUCCUAUACUAUAUCGGUGUACUAAUAUAGAUAUACUAUAUCGUUGGUCAUUUACGUCACACACAGGAUAAGAUAGGUUACAGAGUCCGCAGAAAAAAAAUAAAAUUCUUGUAGUCAACUCGCCUUCCCCUGAUCUUUUCCUCGCGCACGUCAGCUUUGUACUCGAGACACACCUGUACAAACACACGUGACUGAGGACUUAGCUAGGAAUUCUUGUCGGGCGCUAAAAAUAACUUGGUCACAGAAAUGUAUCAUUGAAAUUAUAUUUUUUUAUGCUUCAGAUAAUUUUAGUACAGAAGUGAUUUUAUUUACGAUCAGAGCAAGGGAGGCAAUACUAUUGUUGACAUGCACACCUGUGUCGGAUGUCAACAGGUAGCGACGACGGGCUUCUCACCUUAAUGUCCUCUUUAGGAUUUAGUUAUGUAUCAAGGGAGGAGGCUAGGUGAGUACCUUGGUGUACCUUCCAUGACUUCAGCUUGUCAUUAGUACAAACAAUAUCAAAGAGCCUGGCAUCAACAUUUUUGUUUGCGCGUAUGAACGAUGCAGCAGGUCAAAGGUUGUGUACCAGCAGAGGCCUCGUGUUGUCUGGUCAGACAAGUUUUGUGUCGCUUUGAUUCUCUUUGAUAUUUUGUGUCCAGCCUCGAGAUAUUAGCUACAUUCAGUUCAUCAGUAGUUAUCUCCUUUACUCGCUUAGACAUACUUGACGAGAGAGAGAGAGAGAGAAAUCAUUAAGGAUAUACAAAGUGAGUUUAUUUUGUUUAUUUGUUUUGUUGGGGUUUUUUUUUUAAAAGAAAACUCAACUUCUGGCUUAGUUUUAACUUUUCUGGGAACUCACAGAAAAUAUCUGAGCCUGUUGGUGCAACGUUUUAUCUGGAAAAUAGUUCUAAGCGAGGAUACAAAUCGUAUGUAAGCUCGGCAGAUGCAGACUGUGCAACACAAAAGCGAUUUUUCCGCGAUAAUUUGUUAAAGUGCUUGCGUUUGUGUGCGCGCGCGCGUGUGUGUGUGUGCACGUUUGUGUGUAUCUUGUGUGUGUCUGCACAUCUACUAUCUAAUCUACCACUUCUUUUUAUCCUUUCUUUCCGUUUCUCUUUUCUGAGGGGGGGGGAAGAGAGCCCUUCAGUGUACCUAUUUUCAGUUUUACUGGCGCAUAAAGAAACAUAAGUCUUUCACUUAUAUUACUUGCUGUUCUGUAAGUUAUUGUAAAGAAUUAUACCCCUAUUGCUCCCCCUACCUCCAGAUUGGUCUUCUUCCCGAGUGGUCUCAAAAUAACAUACCAGCAGUUAGCCGGUCAGAGAUACUUGUCAUCUUUACCAUGCUCAGGCAAACAACAAUUCUUUUAUUGUUUGUUUGUGUUCUAGACUUACAUCUCACGGCAGUUAAUUUGAUAUGCACUUUUUAAAAAUUUAAAAUAUCGUUAUCUGUGAAAGCAGCAAUUUUAUGUCUUAACUUAGUUAAGAAGAUUUCUUGGUAAACAAUUAUUUGUGAGUGCUACAGCAAAACUCAAGGUUGAUGUUGGACGUCUGACACACCUGCUACGACGUUCUACGGUAAAUAUCUACCUUGUAAAUCAUCAGACUUGAGUCAGUUUGUAGUACUGGGAACUAACCAGCAGAGUUAGAGGUAUGAGAUAAAGCAUAAGUCAGAUUCCUACAUACUGUUCUUAGGUUGUAAGUAAUGGAGUUAUUAUGAAUUAUUUUUAUUUAUCUUCUGAAGGUGUGGGCAAGCCUUUAAGUAUAAUACACUGUCACUCAGUUACUAUCUAUAUCUAUUUAUAUUUUUAUUGUUAUGUUAUCAGUCUAUCUGAACCCUGAGCUUAAAAGGCAAGAUAGCAAGGGCCUAAUGUUAUAGUAACUUAUCAAAGGCAAGAAACAGUGAAUGUUUCCAGUUACAUAACUUUGAUAUAAUAUAUUCUUUCACCCUUUGAUUUUUUUUAAAGUCAGUUGAGUACAAAAUGAAGCUUGUGUUUAAAACUAUGCACCACUGGGAAAUUUUCAAGAAAUUUUAUUCAUUUGGUCUUUCAUUUUUUUCCCACCUUUUGAUAUUUUUAUCUUCUAUUUUUCCGAAUUCAGAAUCUACACUUAGGAGACCUUCAUUGUGCGACUAGACUUAUAGACAAUACCUACUGAUGUUGGGAAUGACUACAGACCUCAUGUUCAUAGCCUGCAGCUUUAGUAUAACAUAGCUAGUAUAACACCUAUCUAAGAUAAAAGUCACAAAGUGAACUGAUUGAACUGUUUGUACUUAGAGUGUACAGCUGAAGACUUUAAGCAAAUGUGUCAAUGAGUGACAUAGUUUGAGUAUUUGAUUGCAUAAGAACAAAUUAAUUAUUUUUUCCCCGGUACUUACAAUGUCCAGCAGACAGGGUGGUUACUCUGGCGCGAAAAGCGUUUCCACUUUGAGAUUUUGCACUAAGAGUGGGGAGGGGAUGGAACCCGGGAUACUCGUCAAAAACAUUUGAAGACCAGACCUGCCAACAGAUGAAUUUAUGGUCUUUGAAGUGGUGGCAAGCGAGGGAUUUAACCACUACACUACCGGGUAGCAGGCAGCAUGAGUUUUCUACUUAAAACACUUAGAAUCUUCUUUUUUUUUUU